GCUUUAUAUACAAAUAGAGCCAGCAAAGUUUAAAAUCAGAUAUAUUAGGUAGAUGUUUUCGUAGCGAGAGCAGAGAGAACAUACACGGCUGAGCGAGCUGAAUUGGCGACUGCAUGAACGUCCUCAAGCAUGAACGUCCUCGGUCUGAUCAACGUCCCGAUUUGGGUCGUCGUUUUGAUGACAGUUCUGUUUCUGUUUUACUGGUACGCAACAAGAAAUAAUGGUAUCUUCAAAAAGAUACACGUUGAUGGUCCUACCCCAUGGCCUGUGGAUGGGAAACGCCCACGAAGUGCUGAUAAAGGGAUUCAACGAAACUUACGCCGAUUGGUUCAGAAGUAUGGGCGAGUGUUUGGCCAUUUUGAAGGGUCCCUCCCACUACUGGUCGUUGGGGACGCAGACAUGCUAAGGGAGAUAACUGUGAAGGAAUUCAGCUCAUUUACCAACAGAAGAAGCUUUGGGAUCUUGGAGGUGGCGGAGCAGCCAUUGACGGAUUUCCUCACCCUAAUGGAGAAUGACGACUGGCGCCACAACCGUAACUCCCUCACACCGACUUUCAGCGGCGGCAAACUGAAAAAGAUGACAGGCUUGAUCGUCGAUGCCGGACAGACGUUUGUGAACACACUGAAGAAGAAGGCGGAUACCGGAGAGCCAGUUGACAUGAAGCAACAUACUGGAGCCUACACCAUGGACGUCAUCGCUGCCACAGCGUUUGGCAUUAAACUGGACACUCAGACCACACCAAACGAUCCUUUUAUCAAACACGCUAGUAAAUUUUUCGAGUUUUCCGUGCUCAACCUUGGCUUUAUGAUCUUGUUUUUCUUUCCGUUUCUGAAACCCUUAAUCAAGGGAAAGGUGCCUGACUAUGAGGGCAUCGGCAAGCUAUCUUACCUGGACAAGGUGAUCCAAGAAGGACUGCGCAUCAACCCUCCCCUCGCAAGAAUGGACAGGAUAUGCAAUCGUGACUGCACAGUUAGAGGUGUUCACAUUCCAGCAGGAAUGGGCGUGGCUUUACCCAUCUACAUGAUCCACCAUGACCCCGGCUACUGGCCCGACCCGGAAGUCUUUGAUCCAGAAAGAUUCUCCCCGGAAAACAAGGAGAAGCACCACCCACUUCAGUGGAUCCCGUUCGGGUACGGUCCCAGGAACUGUAUCGGAAUGAGACUGGCUUUGUUUGAAAUGAAGGUUAUCACUGUUCAACUCUUACAGAAGUACAGAUUUGUCCCCAACGGCAAAACUAAACCUCUGAAGUUUGGGAAUAAUCAAGUACUGUCGAGCACAAAAAGUGGAGUGUGGGUGACGGCCGUACACAGGGAGAAAAGGCAAUGA